CCCCGGUGGCGGCAGGCCCCGUGAAGACGGUUGGUCACACCGCUCAAGCGCCCACUACCAUCGACAGCGUGCAACGGGACCGUCCUCCGGCCAUCGACCUCUUCUCUCAACGACGCCACCGAGUAUAGACGUCCGAGAACUUUCUGCGCUUUUCUGCUUACUACAUUUUUUUGUUAAUCAAAAUAAAUCUUUUUGUUAUUAUCUACUCUUUUUAUAUUAAUUGAGCUCAUUUAUUCGCGUUAGCGCUCACGCGUCAUCGUGACCGCUACAUUGGUGACCUCGAGUUUCGAAAUACGCAUCGUCCGUUGUUAGUUGAUUUCGCCCGGUACCCGCUCGUUCCGUUUUGCCGCCAUGAUCGAGGAGCAAAAACAAAACGAUGUUUCCGUCAACGCGAUCGCCAACGUACGCCUCCCGUCGUUUUGGAAACAAUCGCCUGAUUUUUGGUUUAUACACGCGGAAUCCGUGUUCGCGAACCACCGCUUGACCGCCGACAGUACUCGCGUGAAUUUCGUCAUCGGUGCUUUGGACGAAGAUGGCGUCCGCACCAUCGGUGAUCUCCUCGGGCCAACCGCGUCGUAUGAUGCAAUUCGCUCACGUUUGAUCGACGCUUACAGUCUACCCAAGUCCGUUCGCUUCCGAGAGAUCGUCAAACCCGGGGGCAUGGGCGACCGUAGGCCGUCACAACUGCUCCGCGACAUGCGCAGCGUCAUGCCCGCCGGUAUCGGCGAGGAAGCCCUGAAAGAGUUCUGGUUACAGAAGCUGCCGUCCAACGUCAUGGCCAUCAUCGCCAGCCUCGACGCCCCUCUGGACUCCUUAGCUUCUCGCGCGGACAGAGUAAUGGAAGCGUCGAGCCCCCAGUCCGUCGACGCCUUCUCCAAGGACCAAAUGGCAGAUUUGGCUAGUGCGGUGUCAGCGCUGUCUCAGCAAGUCCAGUCGCUGACAAAGAUUGUCAACUCGUCGAAGGACGUCCCGCGGCAGCGACAACACUCAUCGACGCAGUGGGCCGCACAGCAACCAACACAGGCGUGCUACUACCACGAGAAAUACGGCAACGGCGCUCGCAAUUGCCGCCCGCCGUGUAAUUUCAAGCCAAAGGCGCAGGACCAUGUUACCUCCGCGCUGGCGGAAAACUAG